CUUGUUCUUAGGUUGAAGAUUUGGAAAUCAAGAACCUUGAUUUGACCUGAGUUCGUUGGUUUUACUGGUGUGAUAUAAAAUGUCUCGAAGGUAUGAUAGCCGUACGACAAUCUUCUCCCCUGAAGGUCGGCUCUACCAGGUUGAGUAUGCCAUGGAAGCCAUUGGAAAUGCAGGAACUGCAAUCGGGAUAUUGUCAAAAGAUGGAGUUGUGUUAGUAGGUGAAAAGAAGGUGACUUCCAAGCUCCUCCAGACCUCUACAUCAACUGAGAAGAUGUACAAGAUUGAUGACCAUGUUGCAUGUGCUGUGGCCGGAAUAAUGUCUGAUGCCAACAUCCUUAUCAACACUGCCAGGGUUCAAGCACAGCGCUAUACAUUUAAUUACCAGGAGCCAAUGCCCGUUGAACAACUAGUCCAAUCUCUCUGUGACACCAAACAAGGCUACACACAGUUUGGUGGGCUCCGUCCAUUUGGAGUUUCAUUUCUAUUUGCAGGCUGGGACAAGAACUAUGGUUUCCAGCUUUACAUGAGUGACCCAAGUGGAAACUAUGGUGGUUGGAAGGCUGCAGCUAUUGGGGCAAACAACCAGGCAGCACAGUCAAUGCUUAAGCAGGACUACAAGGACGAUAUAACAAGAGAAGAGGCCGUUGAGCUUGCACUAAAGGUUCUCAGUAAGACAAUGGACAGCACUAGUCUGACCUCAGACAAGCUUGAAUUGGCUGAAGUGUUCGUAUUGCCUUCUGGUAAGGUGAAGUACCAGGUUGUCUCAGCGGAUGCACUGAGCAAACUCUUGAUCAAGAGUGGAGUGACUCAACCCGCUGCAGAGGCUACUUAAGUAAUAUUGUUCUGAUUAGAUUAAAACUUUUGGAAAAUGCUACGUUUGGAUUGUAAUUUUCAUUUAUAUGACUUCCAUUUUAAAAGACAUGAUGAAAUCCUGCCCUGUUAUAAGUUUACAACUCUUAAUUCCUCCAGGUA